GACAAAUCUUAAAAGUUGAUCAAAUAUGGAACUGCAUGUUUCUGGUUUCUUGGAUCAAAUUUUUCCGUUCUUUCUCUUCUUGCUCCCAGCGGAGGCCACUACUCCAUGUCAACAAUUCGGCUGGACGCAUUUCGUGAACAUGCAGAUUCGUGGUCAAAAUUAACGAAAGAAGGCAGUACGAUCCUUGCAACCGUAGAUCGUAAGGAUGUCAACAAGACGCGUCAGGCCCUGACGACUGUAACUGAAAAACUGAGGGCAGUGCUGGAAAAAAUGUACGACGAGUAUGAUAAAGCCGAGGGGACCAUGGCUAACACGUUACGCAACUGUGUGGAUAUGUAUGACCAAGAGUACAUGGUCAAGGAAUCAAUCCAAUCCAUCGUCAACGAGCCUGGGUUCUAUACGCAGCACCAUCUUACCGGAUUGUCGGCACUGUGGAGUGCGGAGGCGUACAUUGACAAUGACGCCGUCUCCCGCUGUCUUGUGAAGACAUGAUCGGCGUCCCAGACAACCAAUAUAACAGCGGGGC